UUGAUUUCUGAACCUAUCUCCAGACUCCAGCAGGGAGGAUCGAUUGUGUGCUUCGAUUCUAGCUCGGCACUCAUUUAUUGUACGCGUGGAAAACACUUAUUGGAUCCAAACCGUUCUGUUGGAAAAUAAGAAAUAUCUAAUAAUUUCUCCAUCUACGAGUCAGACAACAUGGUCUAAUCAUCCACUUUCCUCGGCCACAUCACCACCAUCCACGUCUAUCUUGCUCGACAAAACCGACGGCUGCCCGUGCCCAUAUCCCAUCUGCAAGUACUUUACUCGCGGAACUGAGCCAGUGCUGUAAGUAACACAGCAUGCAUUGACGAGAUCCUGAAUGGGAGACACUAACAAGAAGAUCAGUAACGAUAGAGAAUCAAAAAGCUGGUUAUGGUGGCUGCUGGUUUUUGUCAUUGGAGCUCUGGUCAUAGCUGCUGGUAUCCUCACAAUUCUGAGGAAUUAUUUUCGAGAUCAUCACUCUCAGCAAUCUUCAAUUUCGAAUCAUCCCAAUGCCGUCGUCAAGAAAUAUGCCGACGCACUUGAAGUUGCUCUGCAAUUCUUCGACGUACAAAAAUCUGGUAAGAUAGUGAAUAACAGUGUUACUUGGAGAGAAGACUCGGGUUUACGAGAUGGGAGUGAAGAGAAACUGGAUUUGUCGAAAGGGAUGUACGACGCUGGGGAUCACAUGAAGUUUGGGUUCCCCAUGGCUUUCACUGCCACGGUGUUGGCGUGGGGAAUUCUUGAAUAUGGUGAUCAGAUGAACGCGGUGAAUCAACUGGAGCACGCACAGGAGUCGCUGAAGUGGAUUACUGAUUAUCUUAUCAAUGCUCAUUCCUCUGCAAAUGUGCUUUACAUACAGAUCGGAGAUCCAGAAAUUGAUCAUAACUGUUGGGAGAGGCCUGAAAACAUGAAAGAGAGAAGGCCUGCAACACAGGUCAAUGCAUCUUACCCUGGAACAGAAGUUGCAGCAGAAACUGCAGCAGCUAUGGCAUCAGCAUCUUUGGUCUUCAAGAAAAUUAACCCCACAUAUUGUAAUUUACUCCUUAACCAUGCUCAGCAGCUAUUUACCUUUGCCGAUAAUUUUAGAGGUUCUUACAGUGCAAGUAUUCCCCAAGUACAGAGUUACUAUAACUCUAGUGGAUAUGUAGAUGAAUUGCUUUGGGCGGCUAGCUGGCUUUACCAUGCAACAGGAGAUCUGUCAUACUUGAAUUAUGUUACUGUGAUGAAUGGCCAAGUGUUCACUAACUGGGGAAGUCCAACUUGGUUCAGCUGGGAUGACAAGCUUUUUGGAACUCAGGUUCUGCUGUCUAGAAUCAAUAUGUUUGGUGCAAGGGGGAUAUCGAAUGUUGAGAAUCUUGAUCUUCAAAUGUAUAGGAAAACUGCAGAGGCCAUGAUUUGUAGGCUUUUACCAGAUUCACCAACAGCCACAUCAAGCAGAACAGUCGGUGGACUCAUAUGGAUCGGCGAGUGGAACUGUCUGCAAUAUGCAGUGGCUUCUGCAUUUCUAGCUGUUCUUUUCAGUGAUUACCUGCUUACAUCCAGCACCAAUACUCUAUACUGCAAUGGGAAAUCCUAUGGGCCAGAUGAUCUUCGCAAGUUUGCAAUUUCACAGGUGGAUUAUGUAUUGGGAAAGAAUCCAAUGAACAUGAGCUACCUGGUUGGAUAUGGGAGUUACUACCCUCAAUAUGUACACCAUAGAGGAGCUUCGAUUCCAGUUGAUGCAGACACAGACUGCAAAGAAGGAUUCAAGGUUUGGUUUGAUUCUCCCAAGCCAAAUCCAAAUGUAGCUGUUGGAGCACUCGUUGGUGGUCCUUUCCUAAAUGAAACCUAUAAUGAUGCCAGAAACAACAUUGUCCAAGCAGAACCAACCACUUAUAACAGUGCUCUGAUUGUCGGCCUCUUAUCAGGCUUGGUCGCUAGUUCUUCAGUCCCGGGAUCCUUUCUGUAGGAAACUUUGCUUCGAACAAAUUCAUAAUUUUUGUAGAAUUUAUUUAUAAAUUCACAUAUUGUAUAACUAAGAGAAAAUAUAAUUUUUAUGAUAAGAUAAUAGACAUUAAUUUAAUA